AUAAGGAAUGCCGGGAGAUGACGUGUCCAUGUCGGUGUGUGAUUGGCUGACACAGAGCAGAAGUUAAUUAUUCAUGAGCUUUCCACUGACAUCCUAGAAAAAAAGAAAAAAAAAUCGGGAGCAACUUUACUCCUAGGUCCCAUAUUUCCGACAGCUCGUGAAGGCAGCAGCAGGCUGACUGGCUCUGUGAAGAUGGCGGACUGUAUACGUGUUCCUCUGCUCCUGCUCCUGAUGUGCAUCUUGUCGUCUGUGCAUCCAAUUCAAGGAGAAAACAACAUCGUCGCCAAGCUUGCUGCUAAAGAUAAUAACCCGCAGAAUCCAGCCGGAGGUCCGGGGCCGGUCGCGGUGAUCCCGGGAGCCGCUGAGAGGAACCUGGGCGCUGGGGCCUCGCUGACUCGGAGGCGCUCUACCGGCUGGAAGUUGGCUGAGGAGGCGGUGUGCAGGGAGGACCUGACCCGGCUUUGCCCCAAACAUUCGUGGAACAACAACCUGGCGGUGCUCGAGUGUCUCCAGGACAAGAAAGAGGAAACUGAGAUUGCUGCCGAGUGCAACCAUCUGCUGUGGAACUACAAGCUGAACCUGACCACCGACCCAAAGUUUGAGUCUGUAGCCGUCGAGGUCUGCAAGACCACCAUCUCUGAGAUUAAAGAAUGUGCUGCGGAGGAGCUGGGGAAGGGCUAUCUGGUGUCCUGCCUGGUGGACCACCGAGGCAACAUCAGCGACUACCAGUGUAACCAGUACAUCACCAAGAUGACCAGCAUCGUCUUCAGUGACUACCGGCUGAUCUGCGGCUUCAUGGAUAAGUGCCGCGAAGACAUCAACGCUCUGCACUGUGGCAGCAUCAGCACUGGAGAGAAGGACAUCCACUCUCAGGGCGAAGUGAUCGCCUGUCUGGAGAAAGGUUUGGUGCGGGAGGCCGAGGAGCAGCCGGGGGCGCACGCCAUCAAAGAGGACUGUAAAAAGUCCAUCAUGAGAGUCGCCGAGCUCUCUUCAGACGACUUCCACCUGGACCGCUACCUCUACUUCGCCUGCCGGGAGGACAGAGAGCGCUUCUGUGAAAACACUCUGGCUGGAGAGGGACGAGUUUACAAAUGUCUGUUCAAUCACAAGUUUGAGGAGGCGUUGUCUGAGCGGUGCCGUGAGGCGCUGACCACCAGGCAGAAGCUGAUCGCUCAGGACUACAAGGUGAGCUACUCACUGGCCAAAGCCUGCAAGUCUGACCUGAGGAAAUACCGCUGCAGCGCCGACUCCAACAUGCCCCGAGCUCGAGAAGCUCGUCUGUCCUACCUGCUGCUCUGUCUGGAGUCGGCUGUGCACAGAGGUCGUGUGGUCAGUGGUGAGUGUCAGGGUGAGAUGAUGGACUACAGACGGAUGCUGAUGGAGGAUUUCUCUCUGAGUCCGGAGAUCGUGCUGCACUGUCGCAGCGAGAUCGAGGGUCACUGCUCCGGUCUGCACCGCAAAGGACGAACGCUGCACUGCCUGAUGAGGGUCGGCCGAGGAGACAUGGGAGCCAUCGACCCCAACUGUCAGCGGGCGCUCCAGACUCUGAUCCAGGAAGCCGACCCCGGAGCCGACUACCGCAUCGACCGAGCGCUCAAUGAGGCCUGCGAGUCCGUCAUCCAGACCGCCUGCAAACACAUCCGCAAUGGAGACCCCAUGAUUCUGUCCUGUCUGAUGGAGCAUCUGUACACUGAGAAGAUGGUGGAGGACUGUGAACACAGACUGCUGGAGCUGCAGUACUUCAUUGCCAGAGACUGGAAGUUGGAUCCCAUCCUGUAUAAGAAAUGUCAGGGCGACGCCGCUCGGCUCUGCCACACUCACGGCUGGAACGAGACCAGCGAAAUGAUGCCACCCGGUGCCAUUUUCUCCUGCCUGUACCGCCACGCCUACCGCUCCGUGGAGCAGGGACGAAGGCUCCCCAGUGGGGCGCCUGAAGCAGAAAACCCCAGUUUGACUCUCUCCAGGGACUGUAAGGUGGAGGUGCAGAGGAUUCUCCACCAGAGGGCGCUGGAUGUAAAGCUGGACCCGGAGCUCCAGAGACGAUGUAUGACCGACCUGGGGAAGUGGUGCAGCGAGAAGACGGAGGCUGGGCAGGAGCUGGAGUGUCUGCAGGAUCACCUGGAGGAUCUGGUGUCUGACUGCAGAGAGGUGGUGGGAAACCUGACGGAGCUGGAGUCAGAGGAUAUUCAGAUCGAGGCGCUGCUGAUGAGAGCCUGUGAACCCGUCAUCCAGACCCACUGCCAUGAGGUGGCUGAUAAUCAGAUCGACACCGGUGACCUGAUGGACUGUUUGGUUCAGAACAAACACCAGAAGGAGAUGAAUGAGAAGUGUUCGGUGGGAGUGACACACUUCCAGCUGAUCCAGAUCAAAGAUUUCCGUUUCUCCUACAAGUUCAAGACGGCCUGCAAGGAGGACGUCCUCAAACUGUGUCCCAAUAUCAAGAAGAAGGUGGAUGUCGUGAUCUGUCUCAGCACAACGGUGAGGAACGACACCUUGCAGGACGCCAAGGAGCAGCGAGUGUCCGUCAAGUGUCGUAAACAGCUGCGGGUGGAGGAGGUGGAGAUGUCCGAGGACAUCCGCCUGGAGCCUGAGCUGUACGACUCCUGUAAGCAAGACAUCAACAGACUGUGUCAGAACGUGGCCUUCGGCAACGCACAGGUCAUCGAGUGUCUGAAGGAGAACAAGCGUCAGCUGACUCAGCGCUGCCACCAGCGGAUCUUCAAGCUGCAGGAGGUGGAGAUGGUUGAUCCCGAACUGGACUACCAGCUGAUGAGAGUCUGCAAGCACAUGAUCAGGCGGUUCUGCACAGAGUCCGAAGGAAAGAACGUUCUACAGUGUCUGAAACAGAACAAAAACAGCGAGCUGAUGGAUCCUAAAUGCAAACAGAUGAUCACCAAGAGACAGAUCACCCAGAACACAGACUACAGGCUGAACCCGGUGCUGAGGAAGGCGUGUAAAGCCGACAUCCCCAAGUUCUGUCAGCCCAUCCUGAACAAGGCGACGGCCGACAGCGAGCUGGAGGGUCAAGUCAUCUCCUGCCUCAAACUCAAAUACGCAGACCAGCGUUUGUCUCCGGACUGCGAGGAUCAAAUCCGGGUCAUCCUGCAGGAGUCGGCGCUGGACUACAGACUGGACCCUCAGCUGCAGAUCCACUGCACACAGGAGAUUUCCAGACUGUGUCCGGAGGAAGCAGCAGCUCAGGAGCAGACGGGGCAGGUGGAGGAGUGUCUGAAGGUGAACCUGCUGAAGAUCAAACAGGAAGGAUGCAAGAAGGAGGUGUUGAACAUGCUGAAGGAGAGUAAGGCGGACAUCUUUGUCGACCCCGUCCUCCACACAGCCUGCGCGCUGGACAUCAAACACCAGUGUGCAGCCAUCCCACCUGGCAAAGGCCGCCAGAUGUCGUGCCUGAUGGAGGCGCUGCAGGACAAACGUGUUCGUCUGCAGCCGGAGUGCAAGAAGAGACUUCAGGAUCGCAUCGACAUGUGGAGCUACGCUGCCAAGGUGGCUCCUGCUGAUGGUUUCUCAGACCUGGCCAUGCAGGUGAUGACAUCACCGUCCAAGAACUACAUCCUGACUGUGAUUGGUGCAGGUGUGGCGCUGCUCUUCCUGAUGGGCCUGCUCUGUGGAAGGUUCACCAAACGCGUCACUCAGGAGCUGAAGGACAGGUAGACCCCGCCCACUCUGGGGUCAGGACACACCCACAGGAGAAAACGACCACGACUGAAUAGAACCUCCACCUUCAUUUACUCCCUCUCUUUACGGCCCUGAGAACUCCACCCGCCUCCUCCGAUUCGCCACUUCAGUUCUCCUCACCAUUCUCCCAUCGCUGGAAUGACAUUACCCACAAUCCCACUGCCGAAAGUGGGCUUGAUCGGUGACUCACCUGCUCUACUUCUACAUGAGGCCACGCCCACUGUCGCCUCCUCUUCUUCAUCUUCUUCUUCUCUUCCUGAGCUUCAUUGCAGAGCACCGGGUCCUCCUGCAGUUUUACCCCGCUCUCACCUGAUGUAGAUGCAGUAUUACACCACUUUUUUCCCUCCCCUUGUUGUGGUAGGGUGAGGAGGGGGAGGGGGGUUGUUAGGAUAUGGGGUCAGAGGUCACGAUGUUGGGACGAGGGAGGCGAAUGAAAUCAUGUCAAGUGUAAAUGUGUAGAAAGUGGGACGGGAAAUGCUCACGUAUAGAGCGGUUUAAUGACUCCAGUAUUUUAAUGACUACAGCUCGUGUGUGUGUGAGAGGGUGUGCGUGUGUGUGUGUGCGUGUGUGUGUGGGUGCGUGUGUGUCUUUCUACCACCAUAUUGUUCUACUUUGUCCGCCUGCUAAGGGUCUUUGGGGUUGUUUGGCGCUGUUUUUUUUUUUCUUUUCUUUCGUGUGUGUUAGUUAGAUUUUAUUGCCAUGGGACUGCCAGGCGGGCGGUGCCAACCAGCCAGCCCUCGACCGAGACACAGAUGAGAUAAAGGGGGAGGGGCUAACGCAUCAAACACUCCCAGCCGUCUCGCUAAAAUCUCCUCUCCUACGACAGGAUUUAUUUGUGGUUAUUUUAUCUUUUUAUUUAAAAAAAGAAAAAAAAAAGCAGACCUGGCAACCUCAGCUGUCUCCUAAUGCAGUCCGAUUCUUUUUCUUUCUUUCUUUCUUUUUUCCCAGCCCAACCUGUGCCAUAAACGCACCACGUCCCCCUGCUGCUCCCAGCCACCAGCAGCAGCAGGUUGGGAUGCGUGUUUGGCGUCUCGCCUGGCGACGCUGUGACGCAGCGAUCCCAGUGAUAUCAGUCUGAAGCAGGACUGGGUGUGGAGCAGACGGACUGGAUGAACUGGCUCUUUUUAUUUUGUUCCCAGUCAUGAACUGGCAGAGCGGCUGCUGCUGUCGCACUGGUUGGUAUGGAGAAGCUGAGAGCAAUGCAGGAAAAAAAAAAAAAAAAGGAGAUGAAAAGAUUCUAGAUUAUUAUAGAGAUGUGAACAUUUUGUGUAAAGAUGAUACUGGAAUCAUUGCACAUUUUUCUUUCUUUUUAUAUCUAUAAAUAUAUAUAUAUUGUUUUGUCAUAGCCUUAUUUAUUUGUUUACUAAUGGUCAAAGUUUUUGUUUCUUUUUUUUUUUCUAUGAUUUGAAUGUUCUCCUGUUGCCUUUUCUUGCGAGCGUCCCUCCUUCCUGCAGGGGGGAGGAGGGAGGGAGGGGGGGGAGGAUGCAGGUGGUGAAGGUUUGGCCUCUUCUGGGCAUCAACCUACUGCAGCAGCUGGCUGAUUUUUAGCGUACGGCAGUGAACGCCUCUCUGAGGCUCAUGAUAAAUCUGAUCUGAUGAGCAGCUGUUAAACUCCGAAUGUUCAGCAGAGGCGACCUGGGCGAUGAGGAGUCGGAACAUCCUUGUCGUUAAAGUGAUGAUACUCUGGGACGACCGCUGGUGCUUUCAGACCCGACCAGUGACGCGGAUGUGAAGUUCAAACUGUUGCAGUGUGUCGCAGCCUAUGAAGACUUUACUUUUAUCAUGAUUUUAAGUGUAGUCAACUUGGCUUUAAAGCUGUCAGUUGAACUCCUGUUGAUUAAUCUUCCAAUUAUUUUGUUAAUUGAUCGCUCUGAACGUAAAAAACAAACGUUUCUAGAGGGCGAAGUGACGUCUUCACAUGAGUCGUCUGACCAACACUCAACUUUCAUGACAGACAAAAAGUAGUAAAUGUGUUUUUUAAAUCACAAUAAUGUUUAUUUGAAAGAUUUAUCGGUCGUCAACCCACCAGACUGAAAUGUGACAGUCAUGGACGAUGCACAUCUUAUUCAUGUCGGAUCAUCUGGUUACCGUGGUGAUGUGUAUUCACGUCAUCAUGAGUUCAGGGAAGAGAAAGAAUCUCAAACAGGUGUGUUGUGAUUUUUAGCAGUCGAAACAGAUGAGACGUAGCGACUGAAGUGUCCCCCCGUAACGUUACUGAAUGUCCUCAAUCAUUUCCUUAUUAUUCUAACUGAAUCGGCAGAUCAGGUUCAGUGAAGUCCUGCAUUGGUUAAUAAUCAGGUGUGGACAUGAGUUAUGAGAAGUUAAAGGCAGCGAUCGAUCGUUCACGUUGUCUCAUCACUGCAUGACGUCCCUGUUCAGAUUAAUGUGACCCAAACUGGUCAGUAAACAAAAGUUAAAAAAUAAGAUUAAACAAAAUCAUUACGGCUCAAAGAUCCACUUCCUGUCUGCUGCAGCUGACGGCCUUCUUCAUGAACGGUUCUGUCGAGGUUUCGGUGUAAUCGAACGUCAGAGUCGCGGUGUCGUCGAGCUUUUUGGUCUCGGUGUGACAACAGAUGAAAGUGUUGUUCGAAACGGUCUUGAUGUAAAAACACUGAGGCUGUCUCUCUCCCAGCUCGAGUCGAUCAUGUGUACAUGUGUACUAUACUGAGUGAUGACAUACUGUAAACUACGUACCGUGCAGUUAUCCUGUACUCUGGAUUUCUUUUCUAACUGUUGAAGCUUGCUGUGGUGAGCGCUGCCCUCCUGCUUGUAAAUGAGACGUCCUGAUUUGUUGAACUGCCUUCACUUUUUUCUCCAUCUGACGUCGGUUUUAUCGAAGCGUGCCUACUCACCGUCCCGCCGAGGGAUCCCGCUGUACAGAACAUCCCAGAAGCCCCUGCAGCACCCAGCAGAGGAGCAUGUGGGCGUGUGUGUGUGUGUGUGUGAGAUGGAUGAUGUGUGUGUGUGUGUGUGUGUGUGUGAGUGUGUGUUGCCCACAGACUUUGUGUCGCAGGAUGCUGUGUGAUCUCCGGUCGGCUCCUCGCUGUUCUCGUUGUCCUGAGCGCUGAUGACCAGAACAUUUUGUUUUUAAGUUUGUGAUGAUGAAGAUCUUUUUGUAAACGAUGUUUUGUGUCUGAAUCCAUGGAGCUUCUGAUCAUCUGAUUGAUUUGAUCCCUGUCCACUUUUCUGUUCUCUUUCGGUUUCUUUUUUUUUCUGUACAGAUGAAAAUUGGACAGUUUGUUAAUAAUAAUAAAGUCUGCAAGGUUUCUA